AUGGAGUCUAGAGAAAAGGAGUUGAAAAAUGUUCAAACAUUUAUAGGAAAAAUUGAUACAGAAGUGACUAUGAUUCUUCAACAGUUGCAAUGGGAUAGGUCGUCUUUGUUAGAGAAACCUUCGAUGGUGACUUGUAAAUACAACUCCAAUCACAGAAUUCCUGCAGAGAAGAGGGAUAUACAUGAAACUGAAUGUUACUUUAGAACUAAUGGUUACUCAAACGAAGAUGUAUUGCUACCCGAUCCAGUAGACUCCAAUGCUGGAAUAUUAAUAAAAUUAGAUAAAAAUGAUAUCAAAUCACUCAUUGAUCAGGCUGCCAAAGCUGACCCUACAUUCAAAAGAGGUACAGGAAGUGACAAUGCAGAGCCUAUGUCGCUGGAGCGCCUGCAAGCCACUUACACUGCAGAUGAGCGACGUGUCAUACAUGAUGCUGUGGUCAAAGCGGCGCCAUCUUGUCAUGAUCUCACAGACUUAGCAUUGCUAUGUGAUAAUGAAGAUGAACAAAAGAAUGCAAAACAGAAGUCCCGGUUAGAAAUUUUGGCGGAACUGCGUGACAUGAAGCGCAGGCGCACUAAGUAUCGCGUCGCAGCCAAAACGCGUAACUAUUCUGAUUUGCUGAGGGACGUCAUCAAAACACAGAUGGAAGUUUAUUCUUCAACAAAAGAAGAACAAACAAAACAGAAGCAGCAGGAACAAGAUAAAGAUGACAAAAGACGAUAUGAUAAUGAGAAAUUUCAAACUUAUAACAAUGCUGUUGAUAGUGGUGACAAUCAUAAUAGAGAAAAAUAUAAAUUAAAAGAUAGAAUUAAAGAUAAUGUGAAACACGGGCAUUAUAGAUAUGACAGUGACAAAACCAGGAGGGAUACAUAUGACAAUAGUCACAAAGUCAACAGUAGUAUAACUGAAGAUGAAGGUAAUAAGAGACGAAAAAGGAAGAGAUCAAGAGAUAGGUCUCAUAAAGAAAGUAAGAAUGAAAAAGAUUGUAAGUAUGAGUAUGCUGCGAGUAAUUAUCAGAAAGAAAAGGACAGAUAUAAAAGAAAUAGAUAUAGCGAGUCUCAAAGGAGGCCAAAAGAAGACUAUAGAGGUGAUAAAUACACUAGUAAUUAUUAUGAUAAAGCUCACAGUAGCAGAAGCAAUUAUAAUAAAGAUACAAAAGAUAAGAUAGUUCAAACAAAAUAUAAAUCUAAGGAUGCAACAUCCCCUGUUAAUAAUACUUAUAAAUAUGAAGAUUCACAUCAAAUAUGUGUUAAACAGGAGCCUGAUACAGAUUCCGAUAAUAGCCAAAGAAAUAGUUAUAAUUAUGAUGAAAGUAAAUUUAGAGUUGAAAAGUCACAUUUUAAAAAUAAGUCAGAUAAAUAUAAUCGCGACCGUUAUACCAGGCGUAAAACACCAAAGAGGGAAGAUUGUCCUCGAUACCGCCGAUAUUAUGAUUAA